AUGUCCACCGAGGGAGACGGAGCAGGGGCGGCGGCAGUGUCGGCGACGGCGGCGGCGGCGGCCGAGGAGGCGGCGCCCGUGGAGGACGUGGCCCCGAAGCCCGCGCCGGCCGAGGCGGCCCAACCCUCGCUGCGCUGCCUGGUACUCACCGGAUUUGGCGGCUACGAGAAGGUGAAGCUGCAGCGGCGGCCGGCCGCGCCCCUGGCGCCCGGGCCGGGCCAGCUGAGCCUGCGCGUGCGCGCCUGCGGCCUCAAUUUUUCCGACCUGUUCGCGCGCCAGGGUGUGCACGACCACCUGCCGCCGCUGCCGCUCACACCCGGCAUCGAGGGCGCGGGCGAGGUGGUGGCCGUGGGCGAGGGCGUGGCCGACCGAAAGGUAGGAGACAGGGUGAUGGUGUUGACUCGGUGGGGCAUGUGGCAGGAGGAGGUGACAGUCCCUGCUGCCCACACCUUCCUCAUGCCUGAGGCCAUGAGCUUUGAAGAGGCUGCAGCCCUGCUAGCCAACUACAUGACAGCCUACAUGGUCCUCUUCGACUUUGGCAACCUGAGGCCAGGCCACAGUGUCCUGGUACACAUGGCUGCAGGGGGAGUGGGCAUGGCCGCCCUGCAGCUGUGCCGCACGGUGGAGAAUGUGACUGUGUUCGGGACAGCCUCGGCCAGCAAGCAUGAGGUGCUCCGGGAGCAGGGGGUCGCCCACCCCAUUGACUACCACACAUCGGACUACGUGGAGGAGAUCAGGAAGAUCUCCCCCCGAGGAGUGGACAUCGUCAUGGACCCCCUGGGCGGCUCAGACACUGCCAAGGGCUACAGCCUCCUCAAACCCAUGGGCAGGCUCAUCACCUAUGGAGUGGCCAACAUGAUGACCGGCCCCAAGCGGAACCUAAUGGCCAUUGCCCGCACCUGGUGGAACCAGUUCAGUGUCACGGCCCAGCAGCUGCUGCAGUCCAACCGGGCCGUGUGUGGCUUCUACCUGGGGGCCCUGGAGGAGGACCAGGAGCUGCUGCGUGGUGUGGUAACCCGGCUGCUUGCCCUGUACAGCCAGGGCCACAUCAAGCCCCGCAUCGACUCUGUGUGGCCCUUCGAGAAGGUGACUGAUGCCAUGAGACAGCUGCAGGAGAAGAAGAAUGUGGGCAAGGUCAUCCUGGUGCCUGGGCCAGAGAAGGAGAACUAGGGACCCUUGGGGAUGAGUUGGCAGGGACAGGGCCAGAGGCAGUGCCUGUCCCCCUCCUCGUGGGCUGCCCCACCCCUUCCCGUUCCAUCCUCCCAGGAGUUGGGAAGUCACUGCUUGGAUGUCCAGGCUAUGCCAGGGGACAGGGCGGGGAGGGAGCCUGCUGCUUCCAGCCACUGUCCUUGCUGCCAUGCUGCUUCCCUGCCACUUUUGUGCCGAGGGCACCACCCCCACCCCGUUUCUCCCUCGUACCCCCUGCCUCAACCUCCCUCCCAGCCGCACCUCAAGACCUGCAUGUCCCCAUCCCUCCCCUUCCUCCUGCUGGCAGCCCCCAGCCUGGGCUUCCGUCCCUAGCUGCUUAAGCACAACAGGACGUGUCCACCUCCUGGCCUUGAGCCUGCCUCUUUGGGGCCCCGGGAGCCAGGCCUGGGCCAAGUCUGGGUCCCUGUGCCCCUCCUGCCGCUGAGGCCCUGCCAUCUGCUCUCAGUGCCUUUGCACCGGAAACCUGUGCAGUGAGCUGAGUCCCGGCCGCUCUGCCUGCCCCAGUGCCUUUCCCACCCAAGGAGCUGCAGGAGGAAGAGGCAGGCGGCUCUCCCCAGGGGCCCAACCCACUGGGCAGGCACGUGGCCUGCAGCUGAGCUCUUUCCUCAUGGUAGCAGUCGGCAGGAGGCCCUGGGAGCCGUGCCAGGGAGCCACCACUCUCUGUGCCUGUGCCGCAGCUGUCUUUGUGUCUGUGUCAAUAAAAAGCCAAACCCA